AAUGGUUUGCAACAUUAGAAAAGCAGGGCUAGUGCAGACCCAUGGGCCAAGGAGCUUUUUUGCAACCUUUGGCUUUAAAUUCAGCCUGAAUACUUGAUGCAAUCUCUGCUGUGCCCAUCUGUUGGGCCUGAGUCUAGCACGGAUGGACGUCGACCGCAAUCCAGUUUUAAACUCUGCCAUUUAGAGGCGUUGCAGCCCUGUUUGGUAUGAAUGCGUCCAAUAUCUACUUAAGAACUCAUACUUACAACUCAAACCUUGGUGUUAUUGAGCCAGCGACAAGACUCCAGCUGGGCUUCCUCGCAGACGCGCCGAGAAUGAACCCCGACAGCGCUGAUGUGCUACCGGUGUUUGAUAUAGGCUCCGUGCUUGGCAAGCACCCCGAGUCAUACAGCGCGGAAGAUUUUGCCCUUUGCAAGGGCGUUGCGGAGUGCCUGCACCAAACUGGGUGUCUCAUCGUCCACGACCCGCGAGUGCCUGCCGACAUGAACGACCAAUUCCUCGACCUGCUGGAGCGCUAUUUUGGGCAGCCCACAGAGCGCAAGCUGGAAGACUGCCGGCCCAGCCUGGACUACCAGGUGGGCGCCACACCGCCGGGAACGGAGGUGCCCCGCUGCGUUGUGGACGCGGCGCUGCAGGAGCAGCUGAGGCGGCUGCAGGCGGGCAACCAGGCCACCACGCCCACCGGGGCAGAUGCGAAGUGGCGCUUCAUGUGGCGGGUGGGGCCGCGCCCCGCACACACGGCCUUCCCUGAGCUUAACGCGGAGCCGGUGGUGCCCAAGGCCUUUCCCGAGUGGCGCGCGGUGAUGGACGGCUGGGGCGCGGCGCUGCUUGGGGCGGCCACGGCGGUGGCGGGGCUGGCGGCGGUGGGGCUGGGGCUACAGCCGGCAGCGCUGCAGGAGCUCAUGUGUGGUGGCCCGCACCUGCUGGCGCCCACGGGGUCGGACCUGGACGUCAACAGCCGCACAGGGGGGGUGCUGGCGGGCUACCACUACGACCUGAACCUGUUGACGGUGCACGGGCGCUCGCGCUUCCCGGGGCUGUACGUGUGGCUGCGGGACGGGCGGCGGGUGGCGGUGCGCAUCCCGGCCGGCUGCCUGCUCAUGCAGGCGGGCAAACAACUGGAGUGGCUCACGGGCGGCCACAUCCGGGCAGGCAUGCACGAGGUGGUGGUGACGGAGGCGACGCUGGCGGCGGCGGACGCGGCGCGCGCGGCCGGCCGCUCCACCUGGCGGGUGUCCUCCACAGUGUUCACGCACUGCUGCAGUGACGCGCUACUGCGGCCGCUGGGGCGAUUUGGGGAGCAGGCUGCGGCGCAGCAGCAGCCGCAGCAGCAGCAGCCGCAGCAGCAGCAACAGCAGGAGGCAGUGGGCGGCGCUGCAGGGGAAGCGGCCGGCUCCUACCCAGCCAUGAAGGCUGGCGAGCAGGUGCAGCGCGAGCUCGAGGCCAUCUGCCUGCGCAAGGUGGGUGCCGACGCCACCAACGUAAGCUGCCCCGGCAGCGGCGGCAACAGCGGUGCCAACAGCGGCUGCAGCAGCGGGAGUGGCAGCGGCAAGGGCGAGGGGCUGGGUGUGGGCAGCAGCCGCGCUGGCAAUGGGGUGAGCAGCAGUGGCAGCGGCCUGGCGGGGCCGCACACGACCGCGACGGGCGUGGCUGUGGCCGGCAACCGGUGACGCGGCAGAUACCGUACAGCGUAAUUAUAGUUGGGAGGGCUUGUCGCUUAACGUAUGUUUUGGAGGCUACGCUGUGGCCCUACGCAACGGUGUCAGGUGACAGUAUUCAUGAGUGUGCCUUGUUCCGGGCCAAGCAUUCUUGGCCACGGUAGGGCAUUAAGUACGUAGCGUGGGCGGUGUUACAUGUAGUUGCUUCGGUUUCCGUUGUGAUGUACCGUGAUGUGAGGUUAGGGACAUCAGGGAUACUGACAUAUCAGGGCGACAUGUCCAUGUCGGGGCACCGUUUACUGCAACUGGGGUUCUCUUGUGGUAUGGCUUUUGGAACACCAGUUACUGACCUGAUUAACAGUGUAACGCUGGUGUGUGAGCGUGCGCUACAAUGCGGGUUUGGCCUGGCCGGUUGGAAUGCACGUCUCAGGGCGUGCCUGAGCAUGACUGGCCCGAAUGGUGUUUGACGAGAUCCUAGCAGCCCAUACUGCCUAGCCCAUACUACCCUGCCUCGACGCGGCCCAGGGUUUAUCUGGGCGCUUCAUUGCGCUAAGCCAAUCAAGUCGUCAAGCACAUUGUGGCGUGAGAGCCGCCUCACCCCGGGUAGCGCACGUGCUUCGAGUGCUGUGCGGCAGUGGGGUGUUUGAUGGAACAGGAGCAGAAGUGGUGGAGUGUAGACAUGCUACAGCGGCUAGCCCUAGGAGUGCGGCGAACAAGAGCUGCGUUGCGGGGAAACAGGCGGACAGUCGGGGCGGUGCGGCCUGACGUGGCCGUGGCGGGGAAGGGAAGGCGAAUGGCAGUCAUGGGGACGUUACGGCUCGAUGAAGCAUGGCGUGGAGGUUGUGUGGUGGCCAGGGGGACAAUGCUGUCUCACGUCUCAUCUUGUAGACUUGUAGUGUCAGGUAUCCGGUGCAACAGUAAUCGUUAUUUCCU